GUCCCAGAAGACCUUUCUGGUUUGGUGAGGAGUUAAAGGAUGAAUUGUCAGCUGGUCUGAAGCUUGCAUUUAUUUACAAUCAAUGCAAAUCUAGAAUGAUGCCUGUGUGAAAAAUUAGCUUUUACUAUCUCUUUUUUUUUUUAUUUUAUAAACUAAAUCUUCUGCAUGUCAUCUGCUUAUAGUUAAAACAGUGGUGCCAAUGGUGUGUUGGCAUUACGAUGCAGCAUUGUAUGAUGGGUUUUGCAGCAUAUGGACCAAAGCUCUAAUUUAGCAGUGGAUUGCAGGAUUACAGUGGAAAGUUCGUUCUGGCAGCUGCAGACUUGGCGGAUAAUAAAUAAAUUGGGAUUUUCCUUUGAUAAGACCUGACUCUUUGGAGCUGGUGUUUGCCUUCUCAAAAUGGCUCAUGCAGCUGCAUCAAUAAAAAAAGUACGGGAGUUGGAACUACCCAACAUUGAGGAGAAGGAGAAGGAAAGGGAAAGGGAAAGGAAAAGGCGUAAGAUCCCUAGGGAGCGAUUAGAACGGAAACGUAAGUCGGAAAGCAAUGCGAGUUUCCUGAAAGCUGCUCGAGCUGGUAAUGUGGAUAAAGUAGUGGAAUACCUGAAAGGAGGAAUAGACAUCAACACUUGUAACCAGAAUGGACUCAACGCUUUGCACCUUGCAGCUAAAGAGGGACAUAUGGACCUUGUACAUGAAUUGCUGGAAAGAGGAUCCACAGUGGACUCCGCAACCAAGAAAGGAAACACAGCUCUACACAUUGCAUCGCUUGCUGGUCAGAAUGACGUGGUGAAAAUUCUGGUUAAGGAAGGAGCCAAUAUUAAUGCCCAGUCUCAAAAUGGCUUUACUCCAUUAUAUAUGGCUUCUCAAGAAAACCACCUGGAAGUUGUCAAAUAUCUACUGGAAAAUGGAGCCAAUCAGAGCACUGCCACAGAGGACGGUUUCACUCCGCUGGCUGUGGCAUUGCAGCAAGGACACAACCAAGUAGUGGCGAUUCUUCUGGAGAAUGAUACAAAAGGGAAAGUCAGGCUUCCUGCCCUGCACAUCGCAGCCAGAAAGGAUGACACUAAAUCUGCUGCUCUCUUGCUGCAGAACGACCAUAAUGCAGAUGUCCAGUCAAAGAUGAUGGUGAAUAGGACGACUGAGAGUGGUUUUACUCCUCUUCACAUCGCUGCGCACUAUGGAAAUGUAAACGUGGCCACACUUUUGCUUAACAGAGGAGCUGCAGUGGACUUUACAGCCAGGAAUGGAAUCACCCCUCUGCACGUGGCGUCAAAAAGGGGAAACACAAACAUGGUGAAGUUAUUGUUGGAUCGAGGAGGGCAAAUCGAUGCCAAAACCAGGGAUGGACUUACUCCGCUACAUUGUGCGGCGAGAAGUGGACAUGACCAAGCAGUGGAGCUGCUUCUGGAGAGGGGAGCACCACUUCUUGCAAGGACCAAGAAUGGACUUUCUCCUCUCCACAUGGCUGCCCAGGGGGAUCACGUUGAAUGUGUGAAACAUUUGCUGCAGCACAAGGCCCCUGUUGAUGAUGUCACUCUGGAUUACCUGACUGCCCUUCACGUUGCAGCUCAUUGUGGACAUUAUCGAGUAACAAAACUUCUUCUAGACAAGAGGGCAAAUCCUAAUGCCCGCGCCCUGAAUGGUUUUACUCCAUUGCACAUUGCCUGCAAGAAAAAUCGUAUCAAAGUUAUGGAACUCCUAGUGAAAUAUGGGGCUUCAAUCCAAGCUAUAACAGAGUCUGGUCUUACUCCAAUACACGUGGCUGCUUUCAUGGGCCACUUGAACAUAGUACUUCUGCUGCUGCAAAACGGAGCCUCUCCAGAUGUCACUAACAUUCGUGGCGAGACAGCACUACACAUGGCGGCACGCGCUGGGCAGGUAGAAGUGGUUCGUUGCCUUCUGAGAAAUGGUGCCCUUGUUGAUGCUAGGGCCAGGGAGGAACAGACGCCUCUUCACAUUGCAUCCCGUUUGGGUAAGACAGAAAUUGUCCAGCUGUUACUCCAACACAUGGCUCAUCCAGAUGCUGCUACUACGAAUGGAUACACCCCUCUUCACAUUUCUGCAAGGGAAGGACAAGUAGAUGUAGCAUCAGUCUUGCUGGAAGCUGGUGCUGCUCACUCAUUGCCCACCAAGAAGGGAUUCACACCAAUGCAUGUUGCAGCAAAAUAUGGAAGCUUUGAUGUGGCUAAACUACUGUUGCAACGCCGAGCGCCUCCGGAUGCCGCUGGAAAGAAUGGGCUCACACCGCUCCAUGUUGCUGCUCACUAUGAUAACCAGAAGGUCGCAAUGUUGUUACUUGAAAAAGGAGCUUCUCCUCAUGUUACUGCCAAGAAUGGCUACACACCUCUUCACAUUGCUGCCAAGAAGAACCAGAUGGAGAUUGCUACUACCCUGCUCAACUAUGGUGCCGAUACCAAUAUUCUAACAAAACAGGGAGUGACCCCACUUCACCUAGCAGCCCAAGAAGGACAUGCAGAUAUGGCAACACUGCUGCUGAAUAAGAAAGCCAACAUUCAUGUGGGAACUAAGAAUGGGCUGACACCAUUGCAUCUUGCUGCCCAGGAAGAUAAGGUGAAUGUAGCUACACUCCUGGAAAAGAACGGAGCCAACCUAGAUGCUCAAACUAAGCUCGGUUACACGCCACUAAUUGUAGCAAGUCAUUAUGGAAACAUUAAGAUGGUGAACUUCCUUCUUACACACGGAGCUGGAGUUUCAGUUAAAACAAAGAACGGCUACACCCCUUUACAUCAAGCCGCCCAGCAAGGACAUACCCACAUCAUAAACGUCCUGCUGCAGCAUGGCGCCAAACCGAAUGCUACAACUGCGAAUGGCAACACCGCCCUCGCAAUUGCUAGACGCCUAGGAUAUAUCUCGGUGGUGGAUACAUUGAAGGUUGUUACUGAAGAAAUCGUCACCACAACAACUCAGACCGUUACCGAGAAACACAAACUGAAUGUGCCUGAAACAAUGACGGAAGUGCUUGAUGUUUCUGAUGAGGAAGCCUUUAAGCUCAUGAGUGAAUACUUGUCUGAAGAGAAACUUCUCGAUGUGGAAGGAGAUGAUACAAUGACUGGAGACGGGGGAGAGUAUCUUCGACCUGAGGAUUUAAAAGAACUUGGAGAUGAUUCUCUGCCAAGCAGCCAUUUUCUGGAUGGCAUGAACUAUCUAGGAUACGGCCUGGAUGGGGGACGCUCUGACAGUGCUAUGCCUAGCCUGCAAUCCUUCAGUUCAGACAGGGCACACUCCCUGAGCCAUGCAUCGUACCUGAGAGGCAGUGCCAUGAUAGACGACACCAUGAUCAUCCCCCAUGAACAGGUGACGUACUUAGCUAAGCAAGCAGAUCAGAACACUUACCGUCUCAGCUGGGGGACAGACAAUCUAGAUAAUGUUGCGCUUUCAUCUAGUCCUAUUCAUUCUGGCCACCUAUCUCCAUGUCUUGACCGAGACAACAGCAGUUUCCUUGUUAGUUUCAUGGUGGAUGCUCGUGGAGGGGCCAUGAAGGGAUGCCGGCACAAUGGACUAAGAAUAAUUAUUCCACCCCGGAAAUGCACUGCCCCAACACGAGUAACAUGUCGUUUGGUCAAGCGCCAUCGGUUGGCCACAAUGCCUCCAAUGGUGGAAGGAGAAGGUCUGGCUAGUCGUCUCAUUGAAGUUGGUCCUUCUGGUGCUCAGUUUCUUGGUAAACUUCACCUUCCUACGGCUCCUCCCCCUCUAAAUGAGGGAGAAAGCUUGGUCAGCCGAAUCCUUCAACUGGGACCUCCUGGGACAAAAUUCCUUGGACCCGUCAUUGUGGAGAUUCCUCAUUUUGCGGCUCUGAGGGGAAAAGAACGGGAACUUGUUAUCCUGCGUAGCGAAACUGGUGACAACUGGAAGGAACACUUUUGUGAAUUCACCGAGGAUGAACUAAAUGAAAUACUGAACGGAAUGGAUGAAGUCCUGGACUCUCCUGAGGAACUGGAAAAGAAACGAAUUUGUCGUAUUAUCACUCGAGACUUUCCACAAUAUUUUGCUGUGGUGUCCCGCGUUAAACAGGACAAUAACCUUAUUGGACCUGAGGGUGGUAUUUUGAGCAGUACUGUUGUCCCCCAAGUCCAAGCAGUGUUCCCAGAAGGUGCCCUUACUAAGAGGAUACGUGUUGGCCUUCAGGCUCAGCCAAUGCAUAGCGAACUGGUAAAGAAGAUAUUGGGCAACAAAGCCUCUUUCAGCCCUAUUGUAACUUUGGAGCCUAGAAGACGGAAAUUCCAUAAGCCAAUAACCAUGACCAUACCUGUCCCAAAAGCCUCCUCUGAGGCAAUGCUGAACGGAUAUGCUGGUGAAACCCCCACAUUAAGACUUCUAUGCAGUAUAACUGGUGGUACAACUCCUGCUCAAUGGGAGGAUAUCACUGGGACCACACCUCUUACAUUUGUUAAUGAAUGUGUUUCUUUUACCACUAACGUGUCUGCCAGGUUCUGGUUAAUAGACUGUCGACAAAUCCAAGAGUCUGUUACAUUCGCCAGCCAAGUGUAUAGAGAAAUUAUAUGUGUGCCCUACAUGGCCAAAUUUGUUGUAUUUGCCAAAUCCCAUGACCCCAUAGAAGCCCGACUACGAUGUUUUUGCAUGACGGAUGACAAGGUGGAUAAAACACUGGAGCAGCAAGAAAACUUUGCUGAAGUUGCUAGAAGUAGAGAUGUAGAGGUGUUGGAAGGUAAACCAAUCUACCUAGACUGUUUUGGCAACUUGGUGCCAUUAAUAAAGAGUGGUCAACAUCACAUAUUUAGUUUCUAUGCCUUUAAAGAAAACAGACUUCCGCUGUUUGUCAAGGUACGAGAUACCACUCAGGAACCUUGUGGACGUCUGUCUUUUAUGAAGGAGCCAAAAUCUACACGAGGCCUUGUAUAUCAAGCCAUCUGCAACCUGAAUAUCACAUUGCCACUUUAUAGUAAAGAAUCUGAAUCAGAUCCAGAACUUGAGGAUGAGGAAAACCUAAGGUCAGAAAAAAAUGAUGAAGAGACAGAAUCCACAGAGACAUCCAUCCUGAAAAGCCAUCUUGUUAAUGAUGUGCCAGUGUUGGCAAGUCCUGAUUUGCUCUCUGAAGUCUGUGAGAUGAAGCAAGAUCUGAUUAAAAUGACUGCAAUUCUAACAACUGAUUCAUCUCAGAAGACAAGUUCUGUCAAGCAGAAGGACAUUGAAAAAAACAGUGAGGAUCCGGGAGAACCUUUCGAAAUUGUUGAACAAGUAAAAGAAGACUUAGAAAAGGUUAAUGAAAUUCUUAGAACUGGACGUUAUACCAGAGAAGAAACUUCAUUUGAGGGUGCACAUGCUUCAAGACGCUACAGCAAAGAAGAGGAAUGGGUUAUUGUUGGAGAAGAUGAAGUUGAAGAAGCCAAACUGAGUGCACUUCUUGAAGAAACGCCAUGUGUAGAAAUAAGAAUCGGCAAAGGAGAGAAACCAACAGUAAAAUCUGACAUGACAGAAAUAGUGAAUUAUCUCACUAAUGAUCUGAAUGCUUACUCAUCUGAAGUCACUCAGGCAGGUGAAAUAGAAAAAAAAGAACAACGUAAAAUACCUUUAGAAAUUAAAAAGCCGAUCCGAAGAAAACUCAAGGAAAGAUUAAAGGAAGGAGAGCUACAGGGCAUGAAUGACCAAUCUGGACUAAAAAAGUUUAGUUCUGAGGAAUCGUUAGAUGACGAAGUAGGCCUUACUGCAAAUUCUACUGAUGUGAAGGAGGUUUCACCAGUAAUUGAGGAAACUCCAAUUGGAUCAAUAAAAGAUAAAGUAAAGGCUCUUCAAAAACGUGUAGAAGAGGAGCAAAAGGGUAUUAGAAGUGUACCAAGCAAAGCACCAGUUAAGGAUGCUGUAAAUGAACUUGUUAAAACACAAAAUGUAGCUGAAAUUGCCCAACCAUCCAUUUCUCAAUAUUCCAAAACACAAAAAGUAGAUGAAAUAGCCCAACCAUCCAUUUCUCAAUAUUCCAAAACACAAAGAGUAGAUGAAAUAGCCCAACCACCCAUUUCCCCGUCUGCUAAAACAGAGAGACUAGAAGAAACUAUGUCUGUUCGUGAGUUAAUGAGAGCUUUUCAAGCUGGCCACGAUCCAUCAAAAGAAAAGUCAGGACUGUUUGAGUACAAAGCAGUAAAAGCUCCAAUACAAAAAUCAACAUCUAUAGAGAGCAAAACUGCUUGUCUAGUAAAAGAUACAGAAAUGCACAUAGAUGAGCAGUCUAAAUUACAGCUAGAUUGUACAGAUACAGAACAUUCAAGUGACAGGUAUAACGUACAGAUGGCUGAGAAAGAACUAGGCCCUUUAAAAUCAUCUGAGCAUAAAAAAGGAUAUGAAGAAACCUCUACUUCAUAUUCUAAUGUGCAAGGAGAGAGACAGACUCCUAAAUUAAAUGAAAUGUCUUAUCAGUUUUUUAAUGAAGAGAGCUCCAAAAAGCGAUCUACUGUUAAAUUAAGAGUAAGCAUUAGUGAUCAGGAAGGGGAUCCACAGAUUAGUCCUGAUAGAAAAACAUCCACAGAUUUUUCUGAUGUUAUUAAGGAAGAACUUGAGGAUAAUGAUAAAUAUUUACAGUUCAAACAUCUUCCAGAAGCUGAAGGAGCUCAGUUAAACUUAGAUCAAAUUCUUAUUAGUCCUUUUAAUGUUGCAUUUCCUUCGGAUGAUGGCACAGAUGGGUUUCUUCCAGCUCUGCAUUUACAAAGUGGAACAUAUGAUGAUAGUUCUGAUAGUCUUAAGGAUGGAGUUGCUAAUUCUCCAAUUGGCAGUUUACUAGAUAAUACACCCCAUAUGAGCUCAGAGGAUAGCUACAAACAUGAAGGUCUAGCUGAGACUCCAGGAACAAGCCCUGAAAGCCUCUCGUUUUCACCCAAGAAGGCUGAUGAAGAAUUAAAAACGUCUUCAACCAUAUCGUGUAAGCCACCUUCCAAAGUGGAAGAAACUGAUUUGUACUCUGAAAAGGAAAGUCAACCAGUUGAAUGUAAAACUAUUUUACCACCCAGUGAUAAUUUUAAACAAUUACCUAAUGGGGUCCAAACUUCUAGUGAAACCUUCACAAAACAGGAUGCUUUCCAUGCCGAGCAAUCAAUUGCAACUGCAAGUCUGUCAGAAUGCACGGAAGCAAUUGGACAUUCUCCAGUAACGUCUGAACUUUUAAUGACACUUAAAAGCUCCCAAGGACUUGAACUAAAAUUUACUUCCCAAGAUGAUGAGGCAGGCAGCCCACUAGCUGAUGAAUCAAUAGCAAUCAGUCACAAAGAUUCCUUAGAAGCAAGCCCAGUUUUAGAAGAUAACUCUUCUCGUAAAACUCCAGAUUCUUUAGAGCCAAGUCCAAGCAAAGAAUCACCUUGUCAUGAUUCCCUUGAGAGUAGUCCAGUGGAAAAUAAAUUUAAAUCUGGAAUUCCAUUGGGAUCCAUUAGUCUUCACACAGGUCUUAAGUCAGAUCUGACCACAGAGCUGACUUUGCGCUCUAGAAUUCUCAGAGAUCCAGAUGGAAGUGCUGAGGAUGAUAGUAUAGAACAGACAUCCCUCAUGGAGAGCUCAGGAAAAAGUCCUCUUUCUCCAGACACUCCCAGUUCUGAAGAAAUAAGUUACGAGGUUACCCCCAAAACUCAAGAUUUACAGGCAUUUUCUAUGCUUCCAAAACCAGGUGUAAUUCAAGAAGUUGCUGAAGAACCUGAAGAUGAUUCAGAAAAUAAACCAACAAGAAGAUUUACACCUGAAGAAGAAAUGUUCAAAAUGGUUACAAAGGUCAAAAUGUUUGAUGAACUUGAACAGGAAGCAAAGCUGAAAAGGGAACACAAAAAAGAGUUCAAACAAGAAUGUGCCAUACAAAAUGAUCCAAAGAAUGUAAAUGAUGAUGACCUAGAAGAUGGUGAUAUAAAAUUAGUUCAAGAUGAGGAUGUGCAAAUAGUAGUGAUGUCUGUAGAAAGCAGGAAAAGUUCAUCUUCAUCAGAAAGUGAACCAGAACUAACACAACUUAAAAAGGGUGCUGACUCUGGUCUGCUCAUGGACCCUGUUAUUAGAGUUCAGCCUCCAUCACCAUUACCACCUAGCUUAGAUUCUAGUUCAAGUCCUGAAGAAACAUCGUUUCAACCAAUUACACUUGCUAAAGAUUCUUUCAAGAUAGAAGAGAAUCAACAACAAUUUGAGGAAUCACAAAAAACAGUACAGGUAGAACAUGGUAGUACCAACAUUAUAAGGGGUAAAAUGGGCAUUUAUUCUGAUAGCACCGAGGAUAAAAUGGAUGACUCCGUGAUUGAGGGCCUAGACUCAGUGAAACCAAUGAGUCCUAAUGGGCCAGUAACUCAGACUUAUGUUGAUAUAGAUAAUGUAAGUGUUGAUGUGGACAAAGAAGAAAAAAGUAAUCAACAAAAUAAAACCUCGAACAAUAGUGAUGAUCUAGAAAAUAUAUUUCCUUACCAUUUUACUACUAGUGAGAGUACAUCAACUAGUGUAGAUGUUUUCAAAGACAAUUAUACCACUCAGUGCCUAGACCAUGUUUCAGAUGAUCAUGGUGUAUCUUAUACCAUGGAACAUGAUUGUAUAUCUUUGAUAUCACCAGUAAAAGAUAAUUUCACAGAAAAAGAAAACUUGUUUGAUACAUCAAAAAAUGUAAUCGAAACGGAUUAUAAUAUAAUGCCUUCUACACCCAAACAAAUAGAUGAAGUGGCCUUUGCAGUUCCUGUACUAGCAGAUGGGGAAUCAUUUAAAAGUAGGGACUAUGUUCCAGAGAUAACAAGUCCAUAUGAAAAUGUCCCAUUUGAACACUUUUUUACCAGCCAUGAUAGUUUAGCAGAUACAGAGGAAGAAGAAAACAUUUUACUAAACAAAGACAGAAGUUUGACUGAGGAGUCUUUAAGUAGAGACCAUGACUUAGAACUCAGGGGAGAACCACUGGAUAAUAUGCAGUCGGACACGAACAUAACACCUUGGUGCUCAUCAAGCAAUGAAACAGAUGAAAGCUUUAGAAAACAUGUCUUAUCACAUGAUACAUUUGAGGACCAGUGCAACAAAGUGAUAGUAACUAAGCCAGAUGCUGAUCCUGACUGGAGUUCAAUUAGAGAAGAUGAUGAAGCCUUUGAAGCACGAGUUAAAGAAGAAGAACAAAAGAUAUUCGGAUUGAUGGUAGACAAACGUUCACAGGGAACAACACCUGAUACCACUCCUGCACGCACACCCACAGAAGAAGGUACACCAACCAGUGAACAGAAUCCUUUUUUGUUUCAGGAAGGAAAACUUUUUGAAAUGACCCGCAGUGGUGCAAUAGAUAUGACUAAGAGAACCUAUGCCGAUGAAAGCUUUCAUUUUUUCCAAAUCGGUCAGCAAUGUGGAGUAGAGCCAGUACAAGAAGAUAUAAAAGAAGAGAGUGGUGAAGAAGAGUCACCUAAUCCUGAAUGUUUGUCUGACCCAUUCACCCCAGUCGAAACUGAUUUAUCAGUAAAUGAAUUUCAGGAAACCACAGAAAUGUCAACAAAUUUGUGCGAAGCACAAAUAGAUGAAGACGAUUUAGAAACAGCAUAUGCUGUGGACACAGAAGUCGGAAAAUUAGAACAGAAAUCAAGGAUUCCUAUUAAGAUGGGUGUCUCUGCAUCUGGAUUAUCUCCCAGAAAGGAUGAUUUGGAGUCACCAAUAGCUGAGGAAAUAUCAACAAAUAUAUUGGAAAGGCAAUUAAGCUGUGAUACCUCAAAGGAUUCAUUGUCUUUAUCGCCUGAAAAAUUGGAGACUGACAUGGAGUUAGAUUUUACUCGUUUUGGAAAGAUAGAUGAAUCACCCGAUUCUUCACCAGAAGAUCAAAAAUCAGUAAUUGAAAUUCCAACUGCAGCUAUGGAACAUGGUUCGUCAACUGAAAUUAGGUCAAAAAUUCCUGUAAGGUCCACUUCAUCUGUAUCUGAAGAACAUUCCAGAUCCUCUCAACUUUGCACAGAAGGUAGUUUGCUAAUAGAUGGAAUCACUAAUGCAGAAGAUCAUAAGCCAAAGUCAAAAAUUCCUGUAAAAUCAUCUGUACAAAAAUCUGAGCAGCAAUUUUCAUUUUCAGAAACAUCUGAGUCCAAACUGUCGGAAGUUGGUAGUAAGAUACCAAUAAAACAAGAUAGCAGAAGUAAAUCUGAGUCAGAUGCCCAUUCAUCUUCAAAUACAAAAUCUAAACGCACAACUAAAACUAGGAGCUAUGCUGAGACUCAAAGCGAAAUUACGGAUAGUUCCAUGCCCAUCUUUGAAGGAGAAAUGAGUGAAGUGACGAAACCAAAGGUGCAUUCUUCAAGACUACCAGUUAAAGCAAAAAGUUUACCACCCUCACAAACAGCCACCUCCAUAAGUGAUGAACAAGAACGUUUUUUCGAAAUGUAUAAGAACUCUAUUGAUUUCUUUGAGGAUAUAAGUGAUGAAGCAUCAAAGCUUGUGGACCGACUCACACAGGCUGAAAGGGAGCAAGAGUCAGUAUCUGAUGAUGAAAGUAGUGCCUUUGACAUUUCUGUAAUUGAAAAUAUUCCUGUAAUGGAUGCACCACAGCAAUCGUUUCCUGAAGAUAUCUUUGACACAAGACCAAUAUGGGAUGAUUUAAUUGAAACACAAAUACAGCGCAUCCCAGAUGAGCAUUGUCAUGACAAUAAUCAAGAUUCACAGGAAGAUCAAGAGAGAACGGAACAAAGAUUGGCCUACAUUGCUGAUCACCUUGGCUUCAGCUGGACAGAACUUGCAAGGGACCUGGAUUUCACAGAAGAACAAGUGCACCAAAUAAGAGUUGAAAAUCCCAAUUCUUUACAAGAUCAGAGCCAUGCACUGCUAAAAUAUUGGCUUGAAAGGGAUGGAAAGAACGCCACAGAUACCGUCUUAAACCAGUGCCUCACUAAGAUUAACCGUAUGGAUAUAGUUCAUCUAAUGGAAACCUAUAUCAAGAAGCCUUUAAGUCACGCCAACCGCACGUACGCUGACAUGGAGCAAACCAUAAACCUUGACCACAGUGAAGGUUUCUCUGCUCUGCAGGAAGAGUUCUGUAGCCCCCAAAAGAAGGCUAUUGUUGAUCACUCAAACUCUCAUGACAGGGAGACAACUGAACAGCCUCCCUUGGUAUCUGAGGAGGACAUUUCAAUCAGUUGCUCAUUGUUCCAUGAAAGCACUGUCAGGGUUGAAGAUGACAAGUCUGUUGUAGAAAUGCUCAGGCAGCUUCAGAAAGAAAAAGUGGAAACAGAUAUCUCAAGGGAACCACAAAAUGUAACAAGAGCAUCAUCUUCUGAGCAGCAAGAAUAUGUUGUAACAUCGCCAGAGCUUGAGAAAGUACAACCAUCAGAUACAGCUCAAGAUUACAUGUCUUGUAAAGAAAUCCUUCAGUCUCCACUGGAAACCUGCGAAGCAUAUGACAGACAAUGCCUCCAAACCCCUGUGUCUGAUCAGCUCAGCAAUUCCCCCAUUGUGCAAGAACCAGAAGAAUUUUCAGAACAGGAAGACCAUGAUGCUGCUGGACGUGACCUCUACAUUGUGGAGUCAUCCGAUGAGCAACCAGACAAGUUGGAAAAAUGCUCAGAAUAUGAGUCUUUGGAAUCAUUUGAGAAGGAGCUAGCUGAGGAGCUAGGUGAGCUAGAGACCAACUCAGAUGAGGACGAGAUGGUAACUACCAGGGUCGUUCGCCGCCGUGUGAUUAUUCAGGCUGACAAUAUGCCUGACAUUCUCCCAGAGACUGUGACUGAGGAGCAGUAUACAGAUGAGCAUGGUCAUAUUGUGGUUAAAAAGGUGACUCGUAAAAUCAUCCGAAGGUUUGUUUUACCUGAUGGUACAGAAAAAGAAGAGGUUGUAGUGCACGGGGGACCACAGGAGCCUGUAACAAUGGAAGAGGGUGACACCGUAUCUAAAGUCUUGAAGCGUACCGUACUCAAGAGUGACAGUGAAGAGUCUGAGAUCACUUUCUCUGAGCCAAGAGUAUUAUCUUCCGAAUUCCAAGCUGAACCUGUGGAAGGACGAAAGGUCAGCAAAGUCAUAAAGACAACCAUGGUUCAUGGUGAAAGAAAAGAAAAAUAUCUUGGGGACCUUAGUUUAGCAUCUGAUCUGCCAUCAGCCAAAGAUGACUUUGAACAGGCAUUAAGUUAUGCAGGUGGUGAUAUGAGCAUUCACCUACCUAAUUUAGUGGAAACAGAAAUUGUCAAGGAUGAUGGAUCGGUUAUAAAAAGGACAACAAUGAAUAAAGCCAGCACACAGAAGAGGACUGUGGUGAAGGAUCAGCACGGAAAACAUGUUUCUGUUGAGCAACUGGAGGAUAUUCCUGAAUUGCUCAACAAGGAUGACCUCCAGCGCGACCUACAGCAACUUCUUAACCACUUCUGUGGAGAGGACUGGGAGAAAGAUGCUAAAUAAGUGGCUACCACAUGUUACUUACAGCACAUAUCCAUACUCAAUAUGCAAAACCUACAUCCUCCUCCAUGCAAAAAGGCCAUGAGCGUGCACUGGGCAACACUGAUUCAAGCGUUCUAAAAUUGAUCAAUUCUACGUGUCUUGUUUAUAAAUGCAUAACUAAUUUGUGACCAAAGAUAGCAUCCUUUUUUUGGAUGGUAUAUCCACUAUUAUUUUUUUUUUAUUUUUUUUAUUUUGACCCUAAUCCAAAUGAUCCAUUUUUCUCUUAACAUCAGCUUCAUCCACAGGCCUCUUCAUAGUGUCUGUAAAGACGACCUUUAAAUUUUGGCUUAUUACGCCAUGUUCCUAUCCAUAACAAAUGUGCAUGGGUUUCAGGAAAGGAGAUCAUGACUAGGCUUUGCAUCAUGAAAGGCAAGGUAGGAAAUGGAUGAGUUUGUUCUGAGAUUUACAACAUUCAGCUAUUAGAUCAAGAAUAUGAUUCAUUGUGUAGCUACUAUAUCAAGAUGUUUUGAGGUACUCCAGUGUCUUAUAAAACAAAUCAAAAAGAAGAAAAGACUACUCUGAGAUUACCGGAAAUAUAAUAUAAUAAACCAAAUUGGUAUCUAAUUUGCUAGCUGCUUAUCGGAAACCACCUGUGCUUACUCCAAUAUUCAAGGCUGGACAGUUGGUAGUGUCCAGUCUGCGAGCAUAAUACUGUGACAGCAGCCAUUCUUCAUGAUGUCUUAUUACUAGUGCAAAUGUAUGCUGGCCACAGCACACUGUAAAUAUAGUAACGGGAGAGCGAUUUCUCCAGUAUAAGUAAAAAAAAAAAAAAAAAAAUAUUGAACAAGUCACCUCGUUUAUCAGGAUUUCCUCUGGCACAUGCAUGUGGCAUUAAAUCAAGAUUAAACUAAACUCUUGUAAUCAUGUGUGGAUCUUGUAAACCCUCUUAGCACCGAGCAAGCAUUUUUCACAAAUGUCUCCUCUCCUAUUUUCUGUAUUUUUUUUUUUUUUUUUUUUUAUUUCUUCUUGUCAAAAGCUAAAGACACAAUGCUGGUUUAUGUUUUGCUCUUUUUUAUGUUUUUUUUUUCAUCUCUAACUAAUCCUCUGGAAAUGACUAUAGCAUUUAUGCACUUUUUUUUAAAGAAGGGAUUAUAAGGAAAAAAAGGAAAUAUUUUUUGUCUUCUGUACCUUAUUCUACUUGUGAUUUGAAUUCUGUAGCCUUUUAACGUACAAAUAUAAAUAUAUAUAUAUAAAUACAUAUAAGCACUAUACAUUUUAAACCCGUUUAUUUAAUGUAAGUAUAGAUUGGAAAUCAGUAAAAUGAAAUUGAAAAAAAAAAUGAACAAAACAUUGCAUUAAUCAAGUUGCUAAUUUAUAAAUGAAAUAAAAAAAUGAAAUGAAAUUAAACAAAUUAGGCUUUUGUUCCUAUAGGUUUAGGAAAACAACUCACCCAGAGCUAUGAAUGUCACUUAUUUUAAUUCAUAGGAAUUCUUCAAAUACCACAAACACAACAAAAAGAAGGACACAAAUCCUUAGCUUUAUUUAAGUAAAAUGACUUACUGUAUAUCUUCAUUUUUUUCUCUGGCAGAACCCUUGCUAAAUUACUUUCUCAGUAGACAAGGAGAGGUAAUUGACACUUUUACUUAUCACGAAUCAAGCAACAAGGUGGGAGAUGUUUAGCUAAAUCUGAAGAAACAUACACAAAAAAAAAUAAAAAAAAAUUCUGUUGUGCUAUUUGCAGUGCAGAUGAUGUCUGUGUAAGAACAUGAAUUGCUAAUCACUCUAUGGGGUACGAUCUUGUUAUUUUUUUUAAAAUAUUUUUUCUCUCUGCUGUGUUAUCAAAGAACUUUACUACUGUGAGAAGUGACUUUUAAGUUGAAGAUUCAGCAUCUUGUUCCCAUGGUGAUAACACUAAUUUAAUAUAUCUACGAGGGCAUGUCUUAGUUAAAAUGGCAACAAUAAAUCAACACUAACAAUACAUAGCUGCAAUGUGUACAAUGGCUGAUUUAAUUAAAUAAAGUGUUAAAUGUACAAAGAAA